UCCUCAAUUGCAAUUUGUGAGUAGAUGUCCAAGCGUUGGAAACAUGGACUUCAGCACUGUGCUUGAAAAAUGCGGAGACUUUGGGCGAUUCCAGCAUGUGAUCUUACUCUUAUACGGCUAUACGAAUAUACUCAGCUCCCUGCACUACUUUUCACAAACUCUUAUAACAUUUACUCCAGAGCAUUGGUAAGAAGGUGUUACCAUGACGACCUGCAGGAUUUGAAUGUGUCAGAAGUUCGCUCGAUAUACGCAAAUGUGACAAAUAAGUCUUGCACAUUAUUGGAGGGAGUGGUCAAUGGAACGGGUGUUGCAGCUGAGACUGGUCAGUGCCGGGAUUGGAUAUUUAAGCGUGAACAAGGCUACGAAAGUGUCACAACUGAGCUCAAAUGGGUUUGCGACAAAUCGCAUCACUCGGCCGUCGGUCAGUCGUUCUUCUUCAUUGGCUCAGUUGUGGGCACCGUGAUAUUUGGAAACCUCUCUGAUCGCAUUGGUCGCCUGCCAGCACUGCUGCUGGCCACAAUAGCAGGAGCAUCAGGAGAUUUUCUCACCUCGUUUAUUUACAGCUUUCCGUUAUUUGCGUUUUCACGUUUUGUUUCCGGACUCUCCACCGAUACCAUGUACUAUUUGAUGUAUAUUUUAGUCUUCGAGUACCUUAGUCCCAAACAACGCACAUUUGGUCUCAACAUUAUACUCGCCUUCUUUUAUUGCUUCGGACUGAUGACCUCCCCCUGGGUGGCCAUUUGGAUUGGCAACUGGCGCCACUACCUCUGGCUAGCUUCGUUGCCCGCCCUCGGGGUGCUCGCCUACCCGCUGUUGAUCUGUGAGAGCGCCCAGUGGCUGCUCACCAAGAAGAAAUACGAUCGCGCCGUGAAAUGCCUCAAAUGGGUGGCUAAGUUCAAUGGGCAACAGGUGGAGGACUCUGUUAUCGAUGAGUUCGUCAAGCACUAUAGCGAAAAGAUAACCGAGCAGCAGAAACUGAAUUCCCAUGAGGACACAUUCAUGGGAAUGUUCAGAACACCGCAUCUCCGACGCUGCACACUCUCCUUGCUAUUCAAAUCUAUCAUUAUUACACUCUCCUACGAUGUAAUAAACCGCAACAUGGAAGGCCUUGGAACCUCGCCAUUUAAACUAUUCUCUUACACUUCAAUCAACUAUUUACCAGCCGGUUGCACAAUUCUCCUGCUGCAAAACAAUAUCGGCCGGAAGGGCAUGGCCUGUGGCGCGUUGAUGGUGGGGGGCAUUAUCACGACAGUUACCGGCUUUCUAAUUGCCUUCAUGGACCCUAAGGAGAAUGCUCUCCUGCUUGCCAUUAUGAUUGGCUUGGGCCGCUAUGGCGUCACGGUGUCCUAUGAUGCUGAGAUCCAAUAUGCCGCCGAGAUAAUACCAACCAGCGUGAGAGGGCGUGCUCUCUCCAAUAUACAUGUCGUAGGGCUGGCCUCCAACUCGCUGGUGUUCUAUGUGAUCUACUUGGCCAAGUUCUAUAAGCCAUUGCCAUCCAUCUUCAUAAGCUGUUUAAUGUUCCUUGGCGCUGCCUUAUGUCUUACUCUUCCGGAAACCUUGAACCAAAAGCUGCCGGAAAAUCUCGCAGAAGCGGAAAGUUUUGUUAAGAACCAGCCUAGCCUUUACUUUCCAUGGUUUCGCAAACCUCCCACUAACAUCAACAUCCACUCUAAAAAAGAGACAGAAUCGAUAAAACGCCUUUGAAGUAUAAGAAAUAACGAUUACAAUCUGAAGAUUUGUAACGCUGCCAUAACUAAUAUGUAUAUAUUUAUAUAUAUAUAUAUAUAUAUACAUAUAUAUAAAUGUCCAACUUAUCUAGGAAAAGAAACUUCAUAUAGUUGUAAGCUUUUGUGAUGAAAGUGCACGCCAAGACGUGGCUUUGGGAAAUUCUACUCGAAAGCAUGGAAAAUUGAGGGAAAACUUCUAUGAAACAUUUUGGAUACUCAUUUCAGUAAAUUUUAUUUGUGAUAAACCGACCCUCCUGCGUGAUAAUGGGGGGAUAAUGAUUAUGUUAACUUAGCAUAUGCAUCACAAAACAAUAUAUACUAGCCCAUACCUGCUUGCAUUUAUAUAUAUUUAGAAGGCUACAAAUUAAAGAGUAUUAUUACA